ACACUUCUUCUGUGCGUUGCCAUCUAGUGCUCUUGGCUUCUUUCUACUGAGAGUGAAGACUGAAGAGUGCUUUGUGUGAAUCUAGAAGGAGGAGUAGUAAUGGCGACGCCGAAGGAGCAUAUAGAGGAGAUAAGGAGGACGAAGUUCUCGAUCGGAGGAGAGCAGAAUCCGCUGACGGAGGAUCUUCACCAGGCGGUGAAGAAUCUCUCUGCUGAGCUUUACGCUAAGGAUGUUCAUUUCCUCAUGGAACUCAUUCAGAAUGCAGAAGAUAACGAAUAUCGGGAAGACGUAAAUCCGUCGUUGGAGCUCGUUAUAACUUCAAAGGACAUAACUGGCACUGGAGCACUGAUGACGUUGUUGAUUUUCAACAAUGAAAAGGGAUUUUCAGCUAAAAAUAUUGAGUCUAUCUGCGGUGUUGGGAGGUCCACCAAGAAAGGCAACAGGAAGCGCGGUUAUAUUGGAGAGAAAGGAAUUGGAUUCAAGAGUGUAUUUUUGAUCACAGCUCAGCCUUACAUAUUCAGUAAUGGAUAUCAGAUACGAUUCAAUGAAGAGCCUUGCCCGCACAGCAAUCUUGGGUACAUUGUCCCUGAAUGGGUUGAGCAGAAUCCAAGUCUUGCUGACAUAAAACAAAUAUAUGGUUCUCAUGCAGUCCUUCCGACCACUACCAUAAUCUUGCCUCUAAAGCCUGACAAGAUCAAGCCUGUGAAGGAACAGCUCUCAAGUAUUCAACCUGAAGUUCUAUUAUUUCUUUCAAAGAUUAAGCAGUUUUCUGUCAAGGAAGAUAAUGAGGAUCCAAGGCUCAAUACUGUGAAUGCCAUCUCCAUUUCAAGUGAAAUUAACUUUGUUACAAGGAAGAAUAUUGAUGCUGAUUCCUAUACUCUCCAUCUCUCUGCGGAUGAAACUAGUGAUGUGACUGAAAAAGAAUGCAGCUACUAUAUGUGGAGGCAGAAGUUCCCUGUCAGGCAGGAAAAUCAAGUAGAAAGAAGACUUGAAGUGGAGGAGUGGGUUAUUACGCUGGCAUUUCCACUUGGACAGCGACUGAAUAGGGGGAUGAGCUCUCCUGGAGUCUAUGCAUUUCUUCCCACGGAGAUGGUUACAAAUUUUCCCUUCAUUAUUCAGGCAGAUUUUGUUCUUGCAUCAUCCAGGGAAACAAUCCUCUUGGACAACAAAUGGAACCAAGGCAUUCUAGAUUGUGUGCCUUCUGCUUUUCUUAAUGCCUUUAUUUCACUGGUUACAACAUCACAAGAUGUUCCAGUUUCUACACUGACCCCAAUGUUUAAGUUCUUACCUAUCGACAGCUCUUCUUAUCCAAAGCUCAAUGUCGUGAGGGAGUCUAUCAAAGCAAAACUGCUCAAGGAGAAUAUCAUACCAUGUGAGUCGUAUUCAGACCAGAAGAUCUUUCGUAAACCUUGUGAAGUGGGUAGGUUAAUGACUUCUUUCUGGAAUAUCCUGAAAAAGGCAAGGUAUCAAGGGGUAAGCUUGGAUUCUCUGUCAUCCCAUGGAAGCUAUAUCCUGAAUUCUUCAUUUGAGACAGAGGAGUACGAUCACAUAUUGAAUUUCCUUGGUGUGAAACCUGUCAAUAGCCAAUGGUAUGCCACGUGUAUCAGGAGUUCCAAUCUUCUUUUGGGAGUGACAGAGGAUGAUUAUUUGGAACUUCUACUCUUUAUUGCUGAGAAAUGGAGUUCCUCUUUCCACAGCACGGACAUGAGGAAUGUUCCUCUCCUGAAAUAUGUUGGUCCUGAUGGAAAUGUUGUUUUGUGCCCUACAAGCAAUGUCACAAUGUGGAAUGGUGAAAGUAUGAUUUGUAUGUCCCGUGAGUCUCAGCAUAUUUCAUGGUUGAUAGACUGGAACAGGGAAUUUAGACGUGUGACAGAUCGAUAUUUUAUGCCCAAAAGCACACAAGAAGCUAUCAAAGUUUUUUCUAAGAGAGAGACUCUGUUGGAAUGGCUUCAAAAUCAAGUGAAGGUUCGCGUUGUCAGUGUGUACGACUUUGCUGUCAUUCUUUAUAAUUCUUUUAAGGGGGGUGACCGACAGCUUGCUAUUGCCUAUGUUCACUUCCUUUAUCAUUCCCUCUCGAAGAGUUAUCUACCAAAGGUGGAUGUUGACUAUUUGUGUGGUAUCAUGCCACUUGUAGAUAACUAUGGGCAUGUGAGCACUCAGAGAAAAGGGGUUCUCGUUCCUGCUAACGGAAGCAAAUGGGUGGGAUUAAUGGGUGCAAAUCCGUGGAGGGGAGCAGGCUAUGUUGAGCUGGGAGAAGACUAUUUGCGCUCGGGCAGUUAUGCAGGUUCAUUCACACCAGAGAUGCAGCUCAUGACGUUUCUCAAAACUCAUGUUGCAGCUUCUGAUAUACCUGAUAUAUCUCCUCCCGACGCCGAGUUAUCUGCCGCAUAUGCACCACUCACCAAGCAAAAUGCAUUCUUGCUGUUGGACUGGAUUCGCAACCUGAAAUAUAAGCAAAGCUACCUGAAAUAUUAUCAAGCUCUGCCAGAUAAGUUCCUGACAUCCAUUAAGAUGGGAAGCUGGCUCAAAAUUUCCCUCAGUGGCAGUCCUGGAUACAGGCCACCAUCACAGUCUUUCCUGCUUACUUCAUCAGAUGAAAAUCUUAUGCAGGACGAGUCAGUAAUGGUUGAUAUUCCAUUGAUUGACCAAGGAUUUUAUGGAAAUGGCAUCAAUAAUUAUAAGGAGGAGCUCAAAACUGUUGGAGUAAAGUUUGAAUAUGGCGAAGCGUGUGAGUUUAUAGGGAGGCACCUCAUGUCUCUUGCAGCUUCCUCUGCAUUGACUAAAUCCAAUGUGUUUCAAAUACUUAAGUUCAUCAGAUUUUUGAGACUUAGAUGUCUUCCGGCUGAUAAAUUCAUCCAGAGUAUCAAAGAUGGAAGGUGGUUGAAGACUUCCUGUGGUCACAGGUCUCCAGUUGGAUCUGUUUUAUUUGACCAGGAAUGGGAAGCUGCAUCACAAAUAAGUGACAUCCCCUUCAUUGACCAAGAUCACUAUGGCAAGGAAAUCCUUGGUUUCAAAAUGGAACUCCAAUUGCUUGGUGUGCUGGUUGGCUUUAACAAAAAUUACCAGCUUGUUACCGAUCACUUCAAGUCUCAAGCAUGCUCAAAUUGUCCAACAGCCAAGUCUAUUCUUUUGAUAUUUGAAUGCAUGUGGGAUUGCGAGCGCAAUUCAAGAUCAGCCCAUGAACUUGUGCAGGCGCUUAAAGGUAAUAAAUGCUUGAAGACGAACAUGGGCUACAAGUUUCCUAGUGAAUGUUUCCUGUUUAAUACUGAGUGGGAUUCGCUUCUGAAAGUCUUCCAUAAUGAUUUUCCACUUAUUGAUGAAAAGUUCUAUGGAACCAGCAUCUUGUCUUACCAAAAAGAGUUGAGGCAAGCAGGUGUAGUGGUGGAUUUUGAAGCAGCGACCCAGAAAUUUUUAGCUGUUUUCAAGAAGCAUGCAUCCUCGUCUUCUAUUGGAAGAGAACAUGUUCUGUCUUUUCUCAGGUCUUACGGACAAAUUAAUAGGACAAACAACAAGUUUCCUUCAGAUUUUAAGCACAACAUUUGUGAGGCAAAAUGGCUGCAAACACGGCUUGGUGUUCCUAGAUCACCAAGAGAGUGCAUUCUUUUUGGCCCAGAGUGGGAACCUGUAAGUUCAAUUACUGUGCUUCCUUUCAUUGAUGAUAGUGAUAAUUACUAUAGCAAGAGAAUUCAUGAAUAUAGUGAAGAGCUGUGGAGCCUGGGUGUUACCAUCAAGUAUAAAGAUGGGGUGAGGUUUGUGGCUGCAGGUGUCUACUUUCCCCAAGAUCCCAGCACCAUAACUCCUGAAAGUGUGUUCUCUCUGCUGCAGUGCAUCCAGAUUUUAAUGAAAGAUGGUUAUACUUUGACUGAUGCUUUCCGAAAAAAGGUUUCUCAAAGUUGGUUAAAAACCAAUGCUGGGUAUAGGUCUCCAGGCCAAAGUUUGUUGUUUGGCUCUGAGUGGGGUUCUUUCUUACACAGAAACGAUGGACCUUUCAUUGAUGAAGAAUUCUAUGGCCCCAGCAUUACAGCCUACAAGAACGAGCUCAGAGAAAUUGGAGUGACCGUUGAUUUGUUAAAUGGGUGCUCUUUGCUUGCUGGCUAUCUUGAUUUUCAUUCUGAAUUUUCAACCAUUGUUCGAGUCUAUAAUUACUUGAAUGAACACGGCUGGUCGCCUUCCAAUGAUACUCCUAGAAGGAUCUGGAUCCCUAAUGGGAGUGACAGUGGAGAGUGGGUUAGUCCUGAAAAAUGUGUUAUUCACGACAAGGAUGGUCUCUUCAGUUCACGACUGAAUGUUUUGGAGAAACACUAUGAGCCGGAAUUAUUCAGCCUUUUCUGCAGAGUCAUGCAAGUUAAAUCCAAUCCUUCUUUCGAUGACUACUGCGACCUUUGGAAUAACUGGGAAAAUUCAAGGGAGCAAUUGUCACGUUCGGAGUGUUGUGCUUUCUGGGCCCAUGUUUCAAAGCACUGGAGUAAAAACACACAGAAAACUCUUGCCGACAGCUUGUCAAAACUGCCAGUUGAAUCAGGAUCGGAGAGAAUAAUGUUGUUUGACAAACGUGAUGUUUUCAUUGCAGAUGACCUCCAGCUAAAGUAUCUUUUCCAACAAUCUUCGCCUCACUCAAUUUUUGUGUGGUAUCCCCAGCCAAGCAUCCCUUCCUUGCCCCGGACUAAGCUGCUUGACAUCUACAGGGAAAUUGGUGUUCGUUCUAUCUCUAAAUCUGUACAGAAGGAAGAAAUCUCCAAGUUGGAGGCCAGUGAACUCAAGCAAGUGUCUCAGAAGGAAACUUUGAUCGGAAAAGGCCUGCUGAAACUCAUUCUUGGCUUUCUCGCUGGUCCUUCUAUUGAAAUGGAAGCAGGACAAAGGCUGGAAGCUGUCAAAGGCCUUCUUAAUCUUAAGGUGUUUGAGACGGAGGGGCAAACUGCAGCAAGCUACAGAUUGUCAAUGUCUUCUGGGGAAACCAUGGACGUCGAUGCAAGAGGAAUGAUGCGCUGGGACCGGGAGGAUUCCAAGCUUUUCAUGCAGAAGAUGGAUAUAUCGGGUGGACAUAAAAAUAAAAUCGAAUAUGCUACAAUCUUCGCUGAAGUAAUAUCAGAGGGCGUCUUACAGGAGAAAGAAGACCAUAUAUCUGAUCUCGCCGAACUGAUCAAGUUGGCAUUCUUCCUGGAUUUUGAUGAGGAAGCAGUUGGGUUCCUGAUGAGAUCCAAGAAUCUCCAAGUUUUCUUGGAGGACGAGGAGUUUCUCUCUUCAGCCCUUUCUCUGGACUAGUCUUUUGGUUAUUUUUGGAACAUGUUUUCACCACCCUGGGGAGAGCUGGCAACUGGUUUUUUUGGAGUGGGGGGGUCGGAUUUCGAAGGAGCCACAUGCAUGGGAUGCAUGGCUAAGGACACCGCCACCUUGCCAUGGUGGUGGUUGGGAAUAGAGACGCCUUUGAGCAAGCUGUAGAGGAUGAUGACAAAAACAGUGGGCUGAUGGUGAUAUUUUGGUGGAAUUGGGAGCAUUGAAAGGGAGGGAGCUAGAAACCAGUUUGGAAAGGGGAGUUUUUUUUUCGUCCGUGGGCAAUUCAUUUUAGAGAGCUAAGAGUAGAGGGAUUUUUGUGGAGCAAGAAAAACAGAGAGGGGGUGAGUUGAACCGAAAAGGAAGGAGAUUGGGGUUGCAGAAAAAUAGGCAGAGCAAAGAAAAAAAGGAAACAAGCUACCCGGGAGAGCCAGAGAAAGCAGUUGGGAGAAGAAGAAGAAAAACAGAGGGAGAAGCCGAGGGGGAGUUGGUCUAGGUUUGAUCACUGCAAGCUUCAUGUUUUCCUAAUUUUUUUCACACUGUUAAACACUGUUUCAUCUUGGUUUCUAUGUUUCAUUUUGUUGAUUGAGUGUGUAUUAGAAACCAUCAUGUUUUUUUGAGCCUGAGAUUGUUUUUCUUGCUUCAACAGUUUAGGUUAUGUUCUGUCUUCUC